CCGCUCCGUGCCAGGGCUGCAGGGGACCGAAUGGAGACAGCGACAUCCACACGAGCGCCAGUCCUUUUUACGCAGAAUUGACAACGAAAACGCCCGCAAGAACAUGUAGUUUUCAGCGCCGCAGUGACAGCUAACUAAUUGUAGAACUGAAUCAUAUCUCUUUCUGUGUGUGUGUUUCGUUUUGUUGCAAACCGUCCACAGUCGAUUGACGCUUAAAGAAAGUGAAAUCGAUUCCCCGCCUGCUAAUCGAGAGGAUCCCUGAAUGGAAGACGGCUAGAGAGGUCGCCACGCCGAGAACAGGCUGUGACAUUUUUCAUUGUCGUUGUGUUUACCAUCAUCCGAAACAUCAUUGGCAGCCUCGACGGCUGCAAACGACGCCGUCUUUACCAUGGCUUUUGGCGUGAAAGUGCCAGAAAAUCCCUCAGAAUGAGAAGCGCCUAAGAUUCGUCAUUAUUGCGGAUUUAAAUGCCUCUCUCCAAGGGCCACCGACCCACUAUUUUGGUCAGGUCCGCGUGUGCGGUGUCUCACGCAGUCACGAAUAAACAAUUCAUAGGCUGGUAAAAUACAGAAAGAGACUCCAUCGGGUGGGUGAACAUAAUCUACAGCGAAGAGGGGGAUUUUUUUUUUUCAAGCAAUAUGGCUGGUGAGUGGGGCUGGGGACGCUGGCACAGGCUCUCCAAGGCUCCUAAAUGCUAGCUGAAGCAGAUGGCACCGUUCCCCAUGGAAGCGACGGCUCUAUGAGGACAAGCAAUAUCAAUAAUAAUAUAAAUCCGGACUCUUCAAUCUUAAUAUCCAAGAUGGAAGACGUUGUCAUCCCGUUCUCGUCUGAGGUGCCCUGCGACAAUAAUGGACAGCGCAUGUGGUGGGCAUUCCUCGCCUCCUCCAUGGUGACGUUUUUUGGGGGUCUCUUCAUCAUCCUGCUAUGGAGGACCCUCAAAUAUCUGUGGACUGUUUGCUGCCACUGCAACAUCAAAAACAAGGAGGCUCAGAAGGUGAACAACCCCGCCAACAAUCAGGCAGCAGACAGGACACCAAAGGGUCCUGAUGAGAAGGAGGAGGCACCAGCCAGCGAGGUGGGAUGGAUGACUUCAGUCAAAGACUGGGCCGGUGUCAUGAUCUCCGCUCAGACACUCACUGGCAGAGUUCUGGUGGUGUUAGUCUUUGCGCUCAGCAUCGGGGCCCUUGGAAUAUACUUUAUAGACUCCUCAGAUCCUAUAGAGUCCUGCCAGAACUUCUACAAAGAUUUCACAUUACAGAUCGAUAUGGCCUUCAAUGUCUUCUUCCUUCUUUACUUUGGUCUGCGGUUUAUAGCAGCCAACGAUAAGCUGUGGUUCUGGCUGGAGGUCAACUCUGUGGUCGACUUCUUCACUGUUCCUCCUGUGUUCGUCUCCGUCUACUUAAACAGAAGCUGGCUUGGUUUAAGAUUCCUGAGAGCACUAAGAUUGAUACAGUUCUCGGAAAUCUUACAGUUUUUGAAUAUCUUGAAAACAAGCAAUUCCAUCAAGCUGGUGAACCUGUGUUCCAUCUUCAUAAGCACAUGGCUCACAGCUGCUGGAUUCAUACAUUUGGUGGAAAACUCAGGGGAUCCUUGGGAAAACUUCCAAAAUUCCCAGUCACUUUCCUAUUGGGAAUGUGUCUACUUGCUGAUGGUUACUAUGUCUACAGUGGGCUACGGGGAUGUCUAUGCAAAAACCACCUUGGGGCGCCUGUUUAUGGUCUUCUUCAUCCUUGGUGGUUUGGCCAUGUUUGCCAGCUACGUCCCUGAAAUCAUAGAGUUAAUAGGAAACCGCAAGAAAUAUGGUGGUUCCUAUAGUGCGGUUAAUGGGAGAAAGCAUAUUGUGGUCUGUGGUCAUAUCACCCUCGAAAGUGUCUCCAACUUCCUCAAAGACUUCCUACACAAGGACAGGGAUGAUGUCAAUGUAGAAAUUGUUUUUCUCCAUAAUAUUUCCCCUAAUCUUGAGCUGGAAGCCUUGUUCAAACGCCAUUUUACCCAAGUGGAGUUCUACCAGGGAUCUGUUCUCAACCCUCACGAUCUGGCCCGAGUGAAGAUCGAGUCAGCAGAUGCCUGCUUAAUCCUAGCCAACAAAUAUUGUGCAGAUCCUGAUGCUGAAGAUGCCUCCAACAUCAUGAGGGUAAUUUCAAUCAAGAACUACCAUCCCAAGAUCAGAAUAAUCACACAGAUGCUACAAUAUCACAACAAGGCCCAUCUGCUGAACAUUCCAAGCUGGAACUGGAAGGAGGGUGACGAUGCUAUCUGCCUGGCGGAGCUGAAGGCAGGCUUCAUUGCCCAGAGCUGUCUGGCUCAGGGCCUGUCCACAAUGCUAGCCAACCUAUUCUCCAUGAGGUCCUUCAUUGAGAUUGAGGAGGACACAUGGCAGAAGUAUUACCUUGAAGGAGUGGCUAAUGAGAUGUACACAGAGUAUUUGUCCAGUGCCUUUGUGGGCCUCUCCUUCCCCACUGUCUGUGAGCUGUGUUACGUGAAGCUGAAGCUGUUGCUUAUUGCCAUCGAAUACAAGUCUGAGCAGAGAGAGAGCAGAAGCCGAAAGCGCAUCCUCAUCAACCCGGGAAACCAUGUCAAGAUGCAGGAGGGAACACUGGGAUUCUUUAUUGCCAGUGAUGCCAAAGAAGUAAAGAGAGCAUUUUUCUACUGCAAAGCUUGUCAUGAUGACAUCACAGACCCUAAGCGGAUCAAGAAGUGUGGCUGCAAACGACCCAAGAUGUCCGUCUACAAACGAAUGAAACUGGCAUGUUGUUUUGAUUGCGGCCGUUCAGAGCAAGACUGCUCUUGCAUGUCAGGCAGUGUACAUAGUAACAUGGACACCCUUCAGAGGGCCUACCCACUUUCCUCUGUCUCUGUUCAUGAUUGCGCAACCACUUUACGUGCCUCCAAAUAUAAGUAUAAUGGAUAUGUCAGAUCACCAGCAGAUGGCGCUACAACACCAGGGAACAGUGGAAGUCAAAAAGAGGCUGGCGUUCGAUUCAAAGCUGAUUGCAAUUUAGUAAUGGAUGAAGUUAGACCGUCUUUUCAAAACCGAUCGAUUAAAACCACCGGCUGCACCUCCACCUCCAUCACCUCAAAUGCAUUCCUUCCCAACACCCUGAACCCCAACCAGGACCACCUGGUCAACCCGGGCACAAUGAACAUCCCCCUUGUUAAUAACCGUAAAGGAAGCCUGCUCCCCAUGGGGCCAGGGCCUGGGGCUGAACACUCGCAACUGCGCCUCAGUAUCUCAGGCCCAGGAGACGUGGCGGCCAGAUCCCUGGCUGAGAGUCGGCUGAACCGGGCCCGCAGUCUGCCGGUGAAAUACCGCUACCACCCCAGUAAUGCCAUGCUGCUCAGUCACAGUAGGCACUUCGAAGACGAGCAUCCAUCAACUCUCUCGCCCAAAAAAAAGCAGCGCAACGGAGGGAUGCGAAACUCACCCAACUGCUCGCCCAAAAUGAUGAGUCGACACGACCCCCUCCUAAUUCCUGGAAAUGAGCAAAUUGAGAACAUGGACAUGAACGUGAAGAGGUAUGAUUCAACAGGGAUGUUUCACUGGUGCCCAUCAAAAGACAUCGAAAAAGUCAUCCUGACCCGCAGCGAAGCUUCCAUGACAGUGCUGAGUGGCCAUGUAGUGGUCUGUAUAUUUGGGGAUGUCACGUCCGCUUUAGUGGGGCUGCGAAACCUGGUGAUGCCUUUAAGAGCCAGCAACUUUCAUUACCAUGAGCUGAAGCCUAUAGUUUUUGUGGGCUCGCUGGAUUACCUGCGGAGAGAGUGGGAAACUUUACACAACUUCCCCAAGGUCUCCAUCUUACCUGGUACACCAUUAAGUCGGGCAGAUUUAAGGGCUGUCAACAUCAACCUCUGCGACAUGUGUGUAAUCCUGUCAGCCAAUCAGAACAAUAUCGAAGAUGCCUCACUGCAGGAUAAGGAAUGCAUCUUGGCAUCACUCAACAUCAAAUCUAUGCAGUUUGAUGACAGCAUCGGGGUCUUACAGGCUAAUUCCCAAGGUUUCACGCCUCCUGGAAUGGACAGGUCAUCUCCAGACAGCAGCCCAGUACAUGGCUUUGUUCGCCAGGCUUCCGUCACCACCGGAUCCAACAUCCCCAUCAUCACAGAACUAGUGAACGACUCAAACGUUCAGUUCCUGGACCAAGAUGAUGAUGAUGACCCAGACACAGAGCUGUACCUCACUCAGCCCUUCGCCUGCGGCACCGCCUUUGCUGUCAGUGUACUCGACUCCCUGAUGAGCGCAACGUACUUCAAUGAUAACAUCCUCACACUGAUUCGGACGCUGGUAACUGGGGGAGCCACACCAGAGCUGGAGGCUCUGUUGGCUGAGGAGAAUGCUCUCAGAGGAGGCUACAGCACACCACAGACACUGGCUAACAGAGACAGGUGUCGCGUCGCCCAGCUAGCCCUCUACGACGGGCCAUUUGCUGACUUGGGGGAUGGCGGCUGCUAUGGGGAUUUAUUCUGUAAAGCACUGAAGACGUACAACAUGCUGUGUUUUGGAAUCUACAGAUUAAGAGACGCUCAUCUCAGUGCACCAAGCCAGUGUACAAAACGAUAUGUGAUCACAAACCCACCAUACGAGUUUGAGCUGGUGCCCACAGACCUGAUCUUCUGCCUCAUGCAAUUCGACCACAAUGCAGGCCAGUCCCGGACAAGCUUGUCCCACUCUUCCCACUCCUCCCAUUCCUCCAGCAAAAAGAGCUCCUCCGUCCACUCCAUCCCGCCCUCCAACCGGCAGAACCGCAGCAGUAAGACUCGGGAGGCCCGCGACAAACAGAAUGCAACAAGGAUGAAUAGAAUGGGCCAAGAAAAGAAAUGGUUUACAGAUGAACCAGAAAAUGCCUACCCACGGAACAUUCAGAUCAAGCCCAUGAGCACUCACAUGGCCAACCAAGUCAACCAAUACAAAUCCACUAGUAGUCUGAUUCCACCAAUCAGAGAAGUUGAAGAUGAAUGCUGAACACCAGGUUUUCUUGCUGACCAGACAUCAGACAUCUGUACGCUCUUUCAAAAGAGACAGGAAAAGAUCACCAGUGAAGGAAGGAUGAUGAUGAUGAUGACAAGGAAGUUGAAGACUGAAACAUUUCUCUUCACUCAUUCUUCUAAUCAAGGGUUUGACAGGAACCCAAACUGGAAGGGGCCUCCUAUGUGUAUACCUUUAAUGUUACUUCCAUGCUCUUGGACAUUGUUUUAUUUAUUAUCCAUAGAGAUGUACAUAAUGACAAUCAAAUAAGGAUUGUACAGCCCCUCCCCCCUAGCACUUUUUGGAAUUAUUUUAAGAGUUGAUGGAAAAAAAAAAAGUACUUCCUGUAAUUCUUUGCAAUAGUUCACCUCUUUUUGUGACCAGACUCCAUGGCUAAGGUGACUGGUUAUUGGAGGAUGAGGGUUGCAGCGAUAAACUGAUCAUAUCAUCUCCCAAAGAUCUGCCCAGAUGCGUCAUGUCAAACCAGCUGGGUUCAUCAACUUCAUAUCUCCCGUCUGCUUCUGUUCUAUUUGCACUAAAACUGAAAAAGUUUCUUUUGACAGAACCACUGGAACCAUCAGAAACCCUGACCCCAAAAUAAAAUGUCUCAGAGGAGAUGAAGGAAGGAAGGAAGGAAAGAAGGAAGGAAAGAAGGAAGGGAGUGAGGGCUGCUUGGCUUUGGCAGCAUACUAAUCUUGUUCUUGGUUGUUGUUACACAUCAAGUCAUUGCUUAAGGUUUGCUACUUCACCGUUGACUCAUCAUGUUGGGUGAGAGCAUUCCAGUACUGCAGAACAAAAUCAUCUUGCAAAACAGUAGUCUAAAAAGAAUGGUGCAGUGUUGGUGUAUGCUGGCUGAAAGAGAACCCUGUACCUACAUAUCUUCUGCUGAUACGUCAGAUCAUAAAGCCUGUGACUCUGAUUCAAGCUCCUAUCGCAUGAUAUGUGCCUGAGCCCCCUCUAUAACAGAUAUAGUGCAGUUGAUCAACCUGAAUACAUGAGAAGGACAAAAAAAACAACCUGCCCUGUCCUUCAUGCAUUCAGGAGCAUUUAUGUACAUGCUGUGUGUGCUGUGCGUAUGGGUGUGUGUGUGUAUGUGUGCAUCGCAGCCACUAGUCCUUCUGGUGUUGCACUGAUCAGUGCCGUCACCCCCCGCCCCCUCCCCCAUCGGCUUGUAUGUGAUGGUGCACCUUUGAAGGAUCAGCAUGAGGGAUCUUAGCUCCAAAAAUGAAAGCCAUGGUAGAAGAAUCUAGAUCGAUCUUGGAUCUACUAACAAAAAUAUUAUGUUACAUCAAAAACCAAACCAAAAUCCCCGACUAUGUUUGAGCCAAGCCAACACGAACGGCAGCUGCGUGCCCACCGUUAACGAUUUGCCGUGAUAUCUGCGGCAGAAUUGGGAUCACAAAAAAGAGUGUUGUGUUUUCUGAAUGUUUUGUCUGUUAGAAAAAACAAGUUCACGUCUGAGGAAAGAAAUGCCACAUAUUGCAUAAAAGUGGGCAUCAAUGGGUCCUCCUUUGAUCGGAGCAACUGCCUGGCACAGGGUUGGCACAGAGGCAGUAAAGAGCUUGGAUGUUAUCUGUUGCCAAUCCAGAUGUCACACGCCUCAAAACUCUCAGGAGUUAAGCUGCUGUGUUCGGCCCUCUAAUUUGUGAGAAAUGCUCAAACAUAGUUGGGUGGAAAUGCAACAGUGCCACGGACUGCUAAUAAGGACACUGGGGAGGAACCUGUGUUCUUUGUGCUAGCCUGUGUGCAAUUAGAGUGUAUUUUGCACAUGUUUAGGCACUGAUAGAUCCAAAUCCAGCUGUGAUAGUGAUGGAGGAUUGAGGUGGCAGUCUUGUACUCUUAAUAUGUAAACGUCAUACAAAUAUGUAGUUGGAUUUAUACAUUUAAACAUAAUUAUUUUGUAUCCAUGAACAUAAUCAAUUUGUACUUAUUUUUCUAGACAAUAACUAAGUGAAAAGUACUAUACUGUAAAAGGAGAUAAAAAAAGACUCCAUGAAUAUCUUUAAUUACAACUACAUAUCAAGGGAUUUUGUGUUUGACUAUAUCACCGUUCAUUUCACAUCAUACAAAAGCAAAAGAUUAUUUUUUUAUCCUCCUGCCCCCUCUUUAACAAACUGUAUCACUCUGGAGCUACUAAAGCUUAGACUAGCUUGCAGUGUGAAACCACCAUCUUCAGCCUGGCAGCUCGGCUCUGUUGAGUGCUUGUAGAAAUAAAUUAAAUCUCAUCUGAAGCUUCUUUUGGUUGCACAGAUGAGCCAUGUCUACUAAAUAAUGUGUCUACUACUAAGCAUCCCUCGCUGUGAACAUGCAGACAGAAAGCUAGGUGUACAGCAAUUAUGUAUUUGGGGGGGUAUAUGUAUUUAGAUGAAGAGCAGAUCAGAGCGGUAAUAAUAACGAGAAGAUCACAGAGUCACUCCUUGUGUGUGCAGGCCAGAACUGAAUGACCUUCAUUAGAUUUGUUUGACCUAAAUUAGGUCCCUAGUGUGGAGGGAGAGUGCAUACACCGCAGCACAGUGUGCUGUUGUUUUCCACAAAAUAUGAUUUCAAAUAUGACAGGGAGUCACUGUCUGUUUAUUGCAGUGAUUUUCCUCUAUAGGCUGUAAAGGAAAAGUAAUUCUUAGGAAAAAAAAAAGAAACAAUUUUGGAAAAUGGAAAAGAACAUAAUAUUGUGCUAAAUAUGUUUGUGUAAAUUCAACCCAUUAUAUAGACCACAUUUCUUUCUCAAACAAAAUGAUCUGAGCUUCAAUGUCCGUCUAUUGGGUGUGGUGCAACUAUACUGAAGCCUCAUACACAUUGUCCUGAAGUGAACUUUUGAACUGUGAUUACAUCGUUGUCACACAUUGUAGCAAAUAGAUUUCUUUUCAGAAAAUAUGUGAGUAAAAUGUAUGUAUAAUUGGGUUGUUAAUGGCAUACUUCCUAGCCAGAACAAUAAGGAGCUAUUAAUAUUUGAUAAUGGCAAUGACUCAUUACACAUAGAAUCGACAAACUGAUUGUUAUGUUGAAAAAAAAAUGUGUAUCUUGAAAAUGAAAGAUCCUGGAUUCUCUUGGAAUGCGGGGACUAUUGAAGUACUGUAUGUGACACAAAAGUCAGGCGGAAUUUGAUCUGGUUUGUCAGCUAUCACAAAGAUGGAAGGUAGCACCAAUUCAGCAAAGUUUAUCAAAAGAGAGAACAUCCUUAAUUUUCCUGUUUUUAUUACUUUGUGUUAUUACAGGGUUUACAUUCCAUUUUGUCAGCUUGUCAUUAUCUGUCAAAAGUCUGUCACGACUGCUUCUUAUUUGUUUACAGAGUAUUUUCUGAGGUACUUAAACAUAGCGUGGUUCAGAAAUGAAACAGUACAUGCUGCAAACCCGCAUUAACAUAAAUUCACAAAGUAAUACACCAUUUGUUUUCAUUACACUUGAUAACUGUGCUUUUACUACCUGAACCCUCAUUGUGCGACUCAUUCAGGCUGGCAUUAUUCACAACACUGGACUGAGAUGUCUCCCCUUCCUACACCUUGUCAUAUGUCUCUAUUAGAUGUUUCAGGUCUUUGCAUUGUAUACCUCUAAAGUUUUUAGAGUGUUUUUGAAGUGCCAUGAAGAAUUUAGUUGAGCAAGCAUCCUUCAGUCAUUCAGGGACACAGGCUCGCUUUGAGGGAGCUGAGUCCAGUUGUUUUCCACUGUGAGAAUGGUGUCUUGUACUGACAUGGAGAACAUCCAAGCCAUCAAUGCCUCCAUGCCAGUAUAGUGCCAGGCAGGUCAGGAGGUCAAGAGGAGGGCCCAUAUUAAGUCCCACUAUAGCGAGAAGUGGCAUUAAGGAGGCCUGAGGGGGUGCUGGGGCAGGUAGAUAGAAGCCCUGGUCAUCAAACCACACGUUUCUGCUGUGUGCGUGGUUACAGGUUAUCAGGUUGUGUCAUGUAGUGUAGUUAAAUAUGGAUGACUGAAAGAUGCACAUAGAGGCCCAUGCCUGUAACAUCAGAUGUGUUGUUGUCCACUGAACAAAUCAAAGGCUAUAAUGCGUCAUACGUUAAUGUUACAGUAUGUUGCAUUAUUUUGGUUAAUCUAUUUUUUGCUGUAAAGGAUGGAUAUAAUAACUUAUUUGCUGGGAAUUGUAUUAGAUAUAAUAGAAUAUACAGUAUAAUACUUACGGGGAUGGGAGGUGGGUCUCAAGUCUUAAUAAUAUAUAGCAUUAUUAAUACUUAAUAAUAAUGCAUUCAACAAUUUUGUUUUCUUUUUUAAAGAAAAUUUGCAAUUUUUUUUUUUUUUUUUUGGCUGCCUAUCAGUUCAGGAAGAAUUCAGGACAUUGCUCUUGCGUAUCACAGAAUUUGUUGGCACAUCGUCAUUGCAGCAAACAGGAGUUUGACAUAGCAGACUAAUUAGUUUGGAUGUGUUCUAGAUAUGAUGGAAAAAUGGAUUAUUUGAUGGUGCUGAGUUGAUCUACCUGACUCUGUCAAAUAUAAUCUGCUGAUAAAUAUACUGUCUUGUACAAAAAGUUUGUACAUAGAUUGUACAUGGUUUCUUUUUGUAUUUUCUCUAAUUAAAAUGGAUGUAUUUGUGUUCUAAAAC